AUGGCCGCCACGUAUAAGCAGUUCUUGACUGCCCCAAACUCGUCGCUGCUCGCGCCGAACGCGACGCUCUACUACAUCACCACCACCACCACUUACAAUGGUCCUACCGAGAUCAUCAAGCACCUCAACACCCUGCGUAACCAGGUGAAGAAGAAGAAGGAAGAGCUCCUGGACGUCGUCGAGGGCCGCGAUGCCAUUGCUGCAGAGGUUGACACCACGCUCGAGUUCGUCACCAGCGGCGGCGCAUACCUGCCUGGUCUCGACGACAAUUUCUUGUCUGACCGGACUGUCUACCUCCCAAUUAUGCACGUUGUGAACUUCGAUAGCGAGGGCAGGAUCGCGCAGAUUCGCCAGACCUGGGACCAGGGUGCUCUCCUCAAGCAGUGCGACAUCAUUGGAAAGUCGGGCCGCAACUGGCCCAUUCGGGACAGCACAGAGCAAAUCAAGCUGAUUACCAAAGGCUUGAAGGCCAACGGCAAGGUUGAUGCCGCUGCUCCCGACUUCAACGAGUUGACCGAACGAUCCCGAGGCAGCUCAACCAAUGUGCUCCGAGACCCCCAUGCGUCUCUUUCCCUGUUUGCGCCCAGAGAGCAGCAGGAGGAAGAGGCCCCCAGGGCUGUCGUGUCACCUUAUGCGGGUACCCGACCUCAGCAACGGUCUUUCAAUGAUAUUCUAGGCAGCCAGCCAGAGGAACCCAGCUCCCCCAGCGCCGGACGCGAGCGCGACGAGUCGCCAAGCAAGGUCGGCGCUCCCAAGGCUGGAGCCGGAAAGAACUUUCAGCCCAGUCGCUUGUUCGACGCCGACGAGCACGCAGAUGUGCCCGACAGCCCCGAGCAGGACAAGUCUCCCGAGAAGUUCUACAGACCCAACCCCAAGAAGUUCGAGCACUUUGACUUCGCCGACGGCUCAGACCCGCAAGAUACUCCCAAGCCCGCCGACGGUCGUCCUAAGGCUAGCAAGCACGACAGCAGCUGGUCUUUCGACGACUUUACGACUCCGCAAAAGAUUAAGCCCGGAAAGACACUGCGCACCCAGGAUGUCCGCCAUUGGGAUACCGAUGUGAACAAUUCGGCGAUCAAGGAGACCCCUGUAGCCCGACAGCCUCAGGUCAAGGGACGCCGCGACGCCGAGGCGCAUUUUGAUUUCGAGGAUGAUGGCCCUCAAAAGACACCCCGUCCCGCGGGACGACCCAAGGGCACGGCGCACAACACAGGCCUUCACCUGUAUGAGAACAAUCUGUACAGCGAAGACGGCAAGCCCCUUCCUGGAACUGACUCUGACCGGGCGUUGGGUAAUAUUACAAACCUCAACCACCGCCACAAGGACUUCGACCCCCACUUCGCCAUGACGGAUGACUCGCCGAGCCAGACCGGUGCGCAGGGGCGGCCCGCAGUCAGCGACUCCCGCAGGAAGGUAGUGAGCAAUAUGGACUCCCACUGGGAUGCAUACGACGAGUCUCCCGCCUCUCAGAAAGAAAACAGGCCCGAGGCGUCAAAGGGCAAAGGCGGAAUCCACAUUGCUGGAGAUGGCAUGGGCUCAAAGAAGGCCAAAGAGGAUACCGAGGCUGACUCGAAGGGUAUUCACAUCGCUGGAGACGGCAUGGGUGGCAAGAAGGGCACCAACCGCAACUGGCUCUAUGGAGAUGAUGACCUCGAGGAUAUUCCCAAGGCCGUCCCGCCUAAGGGUGGCUCAGGCUUGACCUCGGCUCAGCAGAGCUUCUGGGACUUCUAA